UUGACCUGUUCGACGCGCUCUUCGAUCGGCAGGACGACGUGCGCUUCAUCGGGGGACGGCUGGAACUGGGCUGUGGCUACAUGGCCGACGGGUACUCCCGCGCCAACCGGCAAGCCGGGUGUCCUGCUCACCAGUACCGGCCCCGGCGCCGCCGACUCGGUGGGCGCGAUGGGAGAAGCCUAUUUCUCGGCGUCGUCCAUCCUGCAGGUUACCACCAACGUUGAAUCCGAGUUCAUCGGCACCGGCAAGAUGGCCACCCACGAAACCAAAGACCAGUUGGGAAUGUUCUCCGCCGUCACCGACUGGAACGCCCAAAUCGGACAGAUUGAAUCCAUCCCCGACCACUUUGUGGAGGCGUUCGUCCGUUUCCGGGAACGCCGUCCGCGCCCCAUCGAGCUGGAGGUGCCCACCGACCUGCUGGGCCAGUCUGCCGAUGUGGAGGUGCUUCAACCGCGGGAACCGCAGGUGCCCCAGGGCGACCCAGUUCAGGUGGAACGCGCCUGGAACCUGCUCCGCGACGCCAAACGCCCGGUGAUUUUCCUCGGCGAGGAAAUCCACACCACCGGCGGCGCAGAUUACAUAAUCCGCCUCGCCGAACGACUCGGCGCCGCCGUGGUGACCGGCGACGGCGCCAAGGGCACCUUCCCCGAAAACCAUCCAUUGUCAUUGGGCAUGGCUCUGGGUAACCGUAUCUGGGGACAAAACCCGGUGCUGGACUGGCUCGGCGAGUGCGACGUUGCGCUGGUGCUCGGCAGUAAUCUCCCCUAUCGGUCCACCUCCGGCGUGGGCCUAAAGCUCCCGAAAACCAUCGUCCACGUCCUGCUCGAUGGCGAGUACAUCGGCAGGAACUACGACACCGAGGUGCCCAUCGCCGCCAACAGCGGUGCCGUGGUGCGCCAGUUCCUCAACGCCGCCGGCGACACCGACAUCGGCGCCAGCGAUGCCUACCGUCGUGAACUCCGCGCCUGGGAAUCCAUCAGGGCGGUCAUUCCGGACGAUACCAUCUUCUCCCUGGAUGCCACCGUGCCGGCCAACCGCGCCGUGCGCUGCCUCCAGAUGAACCGCCCGCGCAGCUAUAUGUACCCCCACGGUUGGGCCGGUCUCGGUUUCGGGUUUCCGGCAGCAAUGGGCGCUAAGGUGGGCCGGCCGCAAUCCCCCGUCGUCUGCGUAACCGGAGACGGCGGCUUCCAGUACAACGCCCAGGAGUUGGGUACCGCUGUGCAGUACGGCAUCAACCCCAUCGUAAUGGUCUUCAACGACAGCGCCUGGGGCGUGUUGAAGGGUUACCAGAAAGACCGUGGCAGCCGCCAGAUGGCAACCGAUCUGGUCAACCCCGACUUCGUAAAACUGUUUGAUUCCUACGGCAUUGGCGGCACGCGCGUCCACAACGUCUCCGAAAUGACCCGCGCCGUCCAGGAUGCCGUCAGCGCUGACAAAAUCCACCUCAUCGAAGUCGUCAUGCCCGAUGGAUUCCCCGCAUUUUGCCAGGGUUAG